AUGAAGACUGAUGGAUGGGUUGUAGCGCAAAGGUUACAUUUCUAUACAAUUGAAGAACAGCCCCCACCAGAAGCAAACCAGAAGUCUUAUGUUGUCAAUGAUUACAUCCACGCUGUCACCUUCCCUUUCAAUAUCAAAGUAGAUAGGCAAAAGCAUCUUGGCGAGGGUAGUAGUCGUCAAUCUUAUCCAGCUCCAGUACCCUCAUCAGAAAAUGGGCAAGAGGUCAUCAACAAAUGGGUUGCCAAGAUUCGAUAUUCUGACCCCCAACCGAAUGUCUCUAAUCAUGCCAGUGAUUCCAUCACCUAUUGGGGUUUUGGCCUGAUCCUGACAGAAUUUAAGGACCUCAUCAGUGAAAUACUUGAUGGGGCAAUAGAUAAACCCAAUGAAGUCUACUUUUUUGAAAGUCACCUCGAUGGAAAUUUUGUCAAAUAUUCAAGCAAUCUUAACUUCCAUUUAUCACCAAACCAGAAGGGAAUGGAUCCCAAUUACCUUUCACUCAUGAAUAUUGCAUUGACACAUUGGUCAUACAAUCAGUCAAGAGUGCAGCAAUUGGUUUGUGAUCUUCAGGGCUUUGGUCCCAUCCUCACUGAUCCAAAAAUGGUUGAUCUGAAUGCUGAUGCUUGGGCUGAGGGCAACAGUGCUGGUACAGGAAUCAAUGCGUUUUUGAAUGAACAUGUCUGUUCAACCGUUUUUAAUAUUCUCAAAUUGGGUCAGGGAGGUAAGGCAGUAGAUUUGAAGUGGAAAUGUCCCACUCCUCGGCAACCACUUGCAUUUGAAAGGAUCCUUGCCUCAAAGAAUCGAGGUGUCUUCAGUGUCUCGGAAGCCUCUGAUGAUAGUGACUUACCCAAAAUCCUUUUGUGA